AUGGUAUUGACAGUUAGUUAUUUUUCCCCCCCUCUGCAGACAUUAAGAAUGAAAAUAUUGGACUUCCUGAAUCCACUGACAGCCCAACUUGGAAUCCAGCUGAUGGCAGCAAUUGCAGCAGUUUGGAACAGCAAGAAACCUCACAGGAGUCAAAGUAAAACCAAGAUCCUUCCAGUGGCCAGUGCAUCUCAGCUUAUUCUUGUGGACCUAAUUUGUGCCCUUAACACACUGAUUGACACUAUUUUACAUCUUAUCAAAGAGGUGGUCAAGAAACCAGCACAGAUCAAGGGUGAAGAGAAAUCUUCUCUCGUGGAUAUCCCAAUGCUGCAGUUCAGUUAUGCUUUCAUUCAAAGACUGCCUGUCUCAGCCCUGCAGGAGAACUUCCAGCCCUUGUUAGGACUCCUCAAGGAGUCUGUGCAGUUGAACUUGGCUCCUCCUGGACACUUCCUCCUCCUCAGCACCCUGAAUGACUUUGUGACCAGGACACCCACUCUGGAAAACAAAAAAGACCAAAAAGACUUGCAGGAGGUGACCCAAAAAAUCCUGGAGGCCGUAGGGACUGUGGCCGGUUCUUCUCUGGAACAGACCAGUUGGCUGAGCAGGAACCUGGAAGUGAAAGCUCAGCCUCAGAUUUUACCAGACGACUUCAACAUGGAAGAUGUGAAUGAUACCUCAGUGGCACCAUCUUCAAUGGUUUCUGCCUCUGCUCCCUCCAUAUACAGUGUCCAAGCCCUUUCUCUCCUUGCUGAAGUCCUUGCUUCUCUUCUGGACAUGGUUUACAGGAGUGAUGAGAAGGACAAAGCUGUGCCACUGAUCUCACGUUUGCUCUACUACGUCUUCCCUUACCUGCGCAACCACAGUGCCUACAACAUUCCCAGUUUCCGUGCUGGUGCUCAGUUGCUCAGCUCCUUGAGUGGAUACGCCUACACCAAGAGAGCCUGGAAAAAAGAAGUGCUGGAGUUGUACAUGGAUCCCUCUUUUUUCCAGAUGGACACUUCAUGCACUCAUUGGAGAUCCAUUAUUGACCAUCUCCUGACACACGAGAAAACCAUGUUUAAAGAUUUGAUGAACAUGCAGAGCAGUGCCCUAAAACUGUACCCAAGCUUUGAGCAGAAGGCGAUGCUGCUGAAGCGUCAGGCGUUCGCCGUCUUCAGCGGGACCGACCAGUACCACCUCUACCUGCCCCUGAUACAGGAACGACUGACCGAGAACCUCCGUGUGGGCCAGACCUCUCUGGUUGCUGCCCAGAUGUUCCUCUUCUUCCGAGUUCUCCUGUUAAGGAUUUCUCCUCAGCAUCUCACCUCCCUGUGGCCAAUUAUGGUGACAGAAUUGAUCCAGACAUUCCUUCAGCUGGAAGAAGAUCUGACUGAGGAAGAGGAACCAUCAAAGAGCAACAGCAAACUAAGCAAGCAGAGAGGCCCAGGGGAUGGCAGUGGGUCUGACAUCCAGCACAACGAGCUCUCCUUGUACCUCUCAGCCUGUAAAUUUUUGGACACGGCGCUUUUUCCCCCUGACAGGAUGCACUUGUUCCAAAUGUACAAAUGGGCAUUUGUCCCAGAGGUGGACACAGAGUCAUGUCCUGUGACCUCUCACCUGGUAGAAAACCAUCAGGAAUGCAGACCACACAUUGUGAGGAUCAUGGAUCUGCUCAAGAUGAAUAUAGGCAAACAGGAACGAGUCCCAAAUUCCCACCCUUCCCCAGCUGUCUCCAUGGACUAUGUUGGAAGCAGCAGCACCCCCAGGAUCUUGCAGCAGCUGGAAGACAGUGUUGAAUGUGACUUCCUUGAGAACAUGGAAAGUUAA